ACGAACCCAGCAAAAAUGUUCUCAUGUUGUCGUGCAAAUCCUAAAGCAGCCAAAAAGGAUAAGGACAAGGAUAAGGAUAAACAGCAGCAGAACGACGAAGCAGCAACAAAAGAAGCUGAAGCAGCAGCAUUAGAGAAUGCUGUUGUGCCGAAUCCAACGAAUGAAAACGAAACGGAGGCCAAACCAAAAAAUGGUCCAACAACCGAAACCGCAAUUGAACCGGUUCCCGAACCACUAACUGAACCCAAGGAGGAGCCCUUGGCAGCAACCAACGAUGCUCCCGACGAUGUUGUUAUUGAGUCUCCCCAAACUGCCAUCGAUAUAGAAGCCAACGGAAUAGCAUUGCGCUCCACACACUCGUCCACAUCGACAGCGCCACCCGCAUCGAUGACCAGUGCGGAGGAUGAUGAUGAUGAUGGUGGUGGUUGUGGUGGUGUUAAUGGAAAUGGAAGUGGUGGAGUGCAAACAGCAGCAGCAACAUCGCCACACCACCAACAACAGCAACACCAGCAGCAGCAGCAACAACAAGCACAGCCAACAAAGAGUUGUCUAUCGCGACACAAUUCGACACAUCAAUCCAUCAAGAAGAAGGUGAACAUUAGCAACCGGGCCGAGAUCAUAGAGCCAGAACCGUUGCCCACAUCGCUGCUGCUGUUGGCCAAUCACAACAACAACAACAGCUCGCUUGCGGAUGACGAUGAAGUGUUCUCGGACUCGUUGCCGCCACCGAAGCGGGAGAGCAUGUGUGCUCCGUAUAUUGAGGGGGAACUGCUGCCGGAAACAUUGGUCUUUGCCCAUGGAUUGCCCGCCUGGUUUGAUGAUGAGCGUCUCAAUGAAAUCGGUUGCAUUGAGCCACCCGUCACGCCCGUGGGACGCGAUGAGCUGGAGCUGAAGCGUCAGCGACUCUACACGGAGCUGUUGCGGGCCGCGCACGCCGCCGUCGAGCACAGCGUGGCAGUGCGUGAUAACGAAACGGAAACAAAGCCCACGGCUGCCGUUGAGCAUUUGGAGAGGAUUUGCGAACGUCUGGAAACGCUAGUGGAUCGCUUGGAGCACACGCUUAUCGUUGCGCCCGAUAAUAAAACCGAAUCAGAGACACCAUUGCCAACACCACCUCCGCCGCCACCGCCACUAACUCCACCAGCACCGCUAACACCGCUAGCAGCAGCAAGAACAGCUUCCAACAGCAGCAGCAACAACAUCAUGAGUGUCGCCGGCUUUGAGGAUAUUGUGGAGGGCUCUUUGGCUCAAUAUCUGUCGCUAUCAGCUAAAAUUGGCGGCGAUGUUGCCCAGCAUGCGCAAUUCGUCAAGGCAGCCUUUGACGCUCAAUUGCGAUAUGUGACGCUGGCCACGGAAAUUGCGCAGCCCGCGCAGGCGAAGCAAAUGGAACUGCUGCAGCCAACAUCGACGCAAAUCAGCGCUGUGCAGGAUUACCGUGAGAAGCAUCGUUCGUCGCCAUUCUUCAACCAUUUGUCGGCCAUUAGCGAGAGCAUUCCCGCCUUGGGUUGGGUCUGUGUGGCCAUGAAGCCUGGACCUCUCGUUAAGGAAAUGAACGAUGCCGGACAAUUCUAUACGAAUCGUGUGCUCAAGGAGUGGAAGGAGAAGGAUGCCACGCAUGUGGAGUGGGCACGCGCCUGGAUUCAAACACUUACCGAACUGCAGGCGUACAUCAAGCAGUAUCACACCACGGGUCUGGUGUGGUCCGGCAAGGGUGCAGCCCCCGCUGGCGGUGCUCCACCACCACCACCACUCGGCGGUAUGCCACCACCACCUCCACCACUUGAUCUGAAUGCCCUGAAGCUGGACAGCGCGGCGGGCGAUGAUCGCAGCGCGCUCUUUGCGCAAAUCAAUCAAGGCGCCGACAUUACCAAGAACUUGAAGAAGGUCACCGGGGACAUGCAGACGCAUAAAAAUCCCUCGUUGCGCACUGGACCAGCGCCAUUCAAGACACCAGCCAGCAGCAGCAGCGGCGCCACAUCGUUUGGUGCUGCUCCACCGGCCAAGGAACCGGUCUUUACACGCGAUGGUAAGAAGUGGCUGAUUGAGUAUCAGAAGAACAACAGCGGUCUGCUGGUGGACAAUGCUGAGAUGAACAAUGUCGUCUACAUGUUCCGUUGCGAGGGCUCCACGCUCACGGUUAAGGGCAAGGUGAACAACAUUGUGCUGGAUUCUUGCAAAAAAUGCUCGCUGCUCUUCGAUUCGGUUGUGGCCUCCGUGGAGUUUGUCAACUGCCAGAGCGUUCAGAUGCAAGUGUUGGGCUCGGUGCCAACGGUGUCGAUUGACAAGACCGACGGCUGCCAAAUGUAUUUGUCCAAGGACUCUCUGGGAGUUGAAAUCGUUAGCUCCAAGUCAUCGGAGAUGAACAUUCUGCUGCCCGAAGAGAGCGGUGAUUAUACUGAAUUGGCUUUGCCGGAGCAGUACAAGACCUUUAUCAAUGGCAAAACCCUCAAGACUGUGUGCGUCGACAGCCUUGGCUAAAUGUAUGUGGUUGUGUGUUGUCUAAUGCAUGGGUGUCGUUGAUUGCUUUUUAAACCCACAAAAUCCCAAUCUGCGUCUCCCAAAAAAACACUUAUUGUGAGCCAGCAAAGCAGCAAACAUAAAGUAAUUACUAAUUAAUUGAUUAAUCUGUAUUGUUUUGUCGAGAGAAAACUGUUGCCAAAUUAACUAAUUGCUGCUGGCCUCAAAAGCAAAAAGUAUUCAUCAUUUGCAUUGAAAAUAUGUCGAUAUUUAUUUUAUGGUUUUGGUGUAAAACCAAAACCAAACCAAUCAGCAAAAAACGCGACGCAACCCAAACGAUAACCCAAUUGUAUUUAUAUUAAAUUUAAUGAGAAUAAUGCACAUGAGAAAAAAAAACAAAA